AUGGCGAAAACGGAAGGACUCCAGGAACCCCGAUACCUGGACUUCACUCGCUCCGCCGAAGUCACCGGCAUCGACAACAAGCCCAUGCUUAACCGGUAUUCCUCCCACUUGACACGCGACCAUGACUUCCCCGGUGCUCAAGCAAUGCUCUAUGCAGCAGGGGUGCCCGAUCCACUCACAAUGAAGACCACCCCGCACGUCGGCGUCGCCAGUGUCUGGUGGGAAGGUAACCCGUGCAACAUGCACCUAUUGGACCUGGGCAAAGAAGUUAAAAAGGCCAUCACAUCCCGUGGCAUGCUGGCUUGGCAGUACAACACGAUCGGGGUCAGCGAUGGCAUUACCAUGGGCAACCAGGGGAUGCGAUUCAGUUUGCAGACGCGCGAAAUCAUUGCGGACUCGGUCGAGACCGUGACGUGUGCGCAGGCCCACGACGCCAACAUCACGAUUCCCGGCUGCGACAAGAACAUGCCGGGCUGCAUCAUGGGGAUGGCGCGGCAUAAUCGGCCGAGUCUGAUGAUCUACGGCGGGACCAUUGACAAGGGAUACUCGGAGACGCUGCGCAAGCCGAUCAACAUCGCGACGUGCUUCGAGGCCUUUGGCGCAUACAAGUUCAACACGCUCCGGCAGCCAGAUGAUGGCGGUGAUACGUCCAAGACCAAAGACGAGAUCAUCCAGGAUCUCGAGCGGCAUGCCUGUCCGGGCGCCGGAGCCUGUGGCGGCAUGUACACGGCCAACACGAUGGCCACGGCGAUCGAGACCAUGGGGUUGAGCCUGCCGGGAUCGAGCUCGACGCCGGCCAGCUCGCCGGCAAAGAUGCGCGAGUGCGCCAAAGCCGCGGAGACCAUUCGGACAUGCCUCGAACAGGACAUCACGCCGUCGAAGCUGUUGACGAAGAAGUCAUUUGAGAACGCGCUGGUCAUUACCAUGGCGUUGGGCGGUAGUACGAAUGCCGUACUGCAUUUCCUCGCCAUGGCAGUGACGGCCGGCGUCGAUUUGACCUUGGACGACAUCCAGCGAGUAAGCAAUAAGAUCCCCUUCCUCGCGGACCUGGCGCCCUCGGGGAAGUACUAUAUGGCGGACCUGUAUGAGAUUGGCGGGGUGCCGAGCGUUCAGAAAUUGCUGAUCGCGGCCGGGUUGCUGGACGGCUCCAUCCCGACCGUGACGGGUAAGACGCUCGCGGAGAACGUUGCCCGUUGGCCCAGUCUCCCGAGCGACCAAGUCAUUAUCAGGAGCUUGGACAAUCCGAUCAAGAGAUCGGGACAUAUUCAGAUUCUGCGCGGGAAUUUCGCGCCGGACGGGGCGGUGGCUAAGAUCACAGGCAAAGAAGGGCUCCGAUUCACGGGCAAGGCGAGAUGUUUUGAUAAAGAGGUCCAGCUGAAUGAGGCGUUGAAUCGCGGGGAGAUCCCACGGGGAGAAAAUCUCGUGCUGAUCGUUAGAUAUGAAGGGCCCAAAGGGGGCCCCGGGAUGCCGGAGCAAUUGAAGGCCAGCGGGGCCAUUAUGGGUGCCAAGUUGACCAAUGUCGCCCUGGUCACAGAUGGAAGAUACUCCGGAGCAUCGCACGGGUUUAUCGUCGGGCAUGUAUGCCCUGAGGCCGCGGUGGGAGGGCCGAUUGCAUUGGUCAAGGAUGGCGAUGAGGUGACGAUCGAUGCCGAGACGAAUACUAUCUCAAUGGACGUGGAUGAUGAGGAGAUGGACAGGCGAAGGAAGGAGUGGACACCCCCGAAGACGUCGGUCACACGAGGUGUUCUCGCGAAGUACGCUGCGUUGGUCGGUGAUGCCAGUCAUGGGGCCGUGACGGAUCUGUUCUAG